GAUUGCUGGAAAGUUUCUAAUUUUAAAAAUUCUCACGUGUAGCAGGCGAUUGUGGAAUUCCUUAAGGUAUAUAAUCUGGAGAGACACAAAAAUAACACUCUUUGUAUAUUGAAAUUCCGGAAGAACCAGUCACCCAGCUCUUUAAAAAAUGACUGAAGCACUAGAUGAGGAACAAAUCAAAUUGCUCAAGAGGGCAUUUUCAAUGUUCGAUUCGAGCAAGAAAGGUAAUAUAGAUACAGAAAAAGUCAGGACAAUACUUACCACCCUCGGUCAUCAUUAUGACGACUCUGAAUUAGACGCUCUGAUAUCAGGAGAAGAUCCAGAAAAUACUGGUGUGGUCAAUUUUGAUUCUUUCUGCAGGGUGGCUGGACACUUUUUGGAAAAUGAAGAUGACGAAACUUUACAAAAAGAAUUGAAGGACGCUUUCAGAUUAUAUGACAAAGAAGGUAAUGGAUAUAUUCCUACGUCUAGUUUGAGGGAAAUCUUGGCAGCCCUCGACGAUCAGCUCACCAAUGAUCAAUUGAAUGAAAUGAUUGCAGAAAUUGAUACUGACUCCUCUGGUACAGUCGAUUUCGAAGAAUUCAUGGAAAUGAUGACUGGAGAUUAAUGGAACGAGUAUAGCAAUUAAUUGUGUGGAAAGUUUUUAUUUUUUAUUGGUAUUUCAUUUUUUCAUUAAUAAAAUAUUGGUCUUAA